AUGAGCUAUCACCUGGUCUGCUACCUGCACAAAUCACUCAGCUGGGGAGCCAGUACUUGUCUGCUCUGCCGACUCUCCUUAUCUGCAGCCGCACCUUUCCUUGAAGAACGCAUCAGCCGCCGCCCACCAGGCGCUAUUGACAUCAGACGUCAAAUCAAGAGGUUUGCAGAGAGUGGGGGUGGACAGCCAAUGGAAGGGAAGGUGAACCGAGUGUCUUAA